CCCCAGCCUGUUGGAACACCUUGCACUUUCAAGGACGAGACCGAGCUUUUUCUCACAGCGAACAACGGCAAGAGACUUUAUGCUUGCAACGACUGCAUCACCGCUGGCGACCCCAGUGUCAUGGUGGCCUCGAGUGACGCGAGUAUUUGGAAGCUUCAAGAGCUCGCAAACGGCCGGUACACGAUCCGGUCCAACAACAUUUUGACGAAGAGCAUCGGGCCGAGCUUGAACCGAGCGCCCGGCGUCAUCGACCCGAACCAAGUCGUGUUCGCGUACGACCUCUCAACACAGUCGAACGUGACCGAGUGGACGUGCCGCGAGAUUGGCGACAAGAAGAUCACGCUCCAGAACGCCUACACCGGUGGGUACCUCAGCCGCUGCGAAGGCUGCCAGCCCAGCGCCCAGACGGCACCUUCCGACUUUGAGCCGACAUUUGCACUGGCGAUGCCCCACGGCAACCAAGGCCUUGCGUCGCAGCAGUGGUCGUACACGUACUUCUAGAAACAUGCACAGCCAGUCGUCACCACGUCUUCAAUAACGAGUAAAAGUACAUCGUACUUCAAAAAAUUAAGGACAACACGAUUCG